CGAUGGGCGUUUUUAGGGGCUGGGGGCCCAGCCAGCCGCACCCCGCAGGCUCCGGAGAGCCCCGCCCGCCGCUGGAAGUGGGCGGCGUUGCCCUGCCCAGCCCGGCUGCUGCCCGGCUCCCUCCCGCGGGCUGCGGCAGAGGCAGAGGCGCCGGCGCCCGGCGGAGGAGCAGGACCAUGGCCGCGGCUCCGGCGGAGGCGGAGACCCGCCAGAGGCUCCUGCGCACCGUCAAGAAGGAGGUGAAGCAGAUUAUGGAGGAAGCUGUGACGAGGAAGUUUGUGCAUGAGGACAGUAGCCACAUCAUCUCAUUCUGUGCUGCUGUGGAAGCCUGCGUCCUGCACAGCCUGAAGCGGAGAGCAGCUGGGUUCUUGCGCAGUAACAAGAUUGCAGCCCUGUUCAUGAAGGUGGGCAAGAGCUUCCCUCUGGCAGAAGAUCUUUCUAGAAAGGUCCAAGAUCUGGAACAGCUCAUCGAGAACACACGAAACCAGGUACAAGGCGUCCAGGAGAAUGCGCGCAAAGUGCAGAAGCUGCCAAACCUGUCUCCCCAGGCCAUCAAGCACCUCUGGAUCCGCACAGCCCUCUUUGAAAAAGUCCUGGAUAAAAUUGUACUUUACCUGGUAGAAAACAGCAGUAAAUACUAUGAGAAAGAAGCUCUCCUGAUGGAUCCUGUAGAUGGACCAAUUCUUGCUUCCUUAUUGGUGGGGCCUUGUGCACUGGAGUACACCAAGAUGAAGACGGCAGAUCACUUCUGGACUGACCCCUCUGCUGAUGAACUGGUUCAGAGGCAUCGCAUUCACAGCUCACACUGUCGCCAGGACUCUCCCACUAAACGCCCUGCCCUCUGUAUUCAGAAAAGGCAUUCGAGUGGCAGUAUGGACGACCGGCCGUCGCUGUCUGCCAGAGACUACGUGGAGUCUUUGCAUCAGAAUUCCAGAGCCACACUACUCUACGGCAAAAACAAUGUCAUGGUGCAGCCGAGAGACGACAUGGAAGCGAUACCAGGGUACUUGUCCCUUCAUCAGACUGCAGACAUCAUGACAUUGAAAUGGACCCCCAACCAGCUAAUGAAUGGUUCUGUGGGCGAUCUGGACUAUGAGAAAAGUGUGUACUGGGACUAUGCCAUGACCAUCCGCCUGGAGGAGAUUGUCUACCUGCACUGUCACCAGCAGGUAGACAGCGGUGGGACCGUCGUUUUGGUGAGUCAAGACGGGAUUCAGAGGCCUCCGCUCAGGUUCCCCAAAGGAGGGCACCUGCUACAGUUUUUGUCCUGCCUAGAAAAUGGUCUCCUUCCUCAUGGACAGCUGGACCCACCUCUUUGGUCACAGAGGGGGAAGGGGAAGGUGUUUCCAAAGCUGAGAAAGCGAAGUCCCCAGGGCUCUUCCGAGUCCGCAUCUGAUAAGGAAGAUGAUGAAGCUACGGACUACGUUUUCCGGAUAAUAUACCCUGGCAUGCAGUCAGAGUUUGUGCCCCAGGAGCUGAUAGACACACCAGGCAGCAGCCUGCCUUCCAUGUGGCAACCUAGCACCCGCAAGUCCUCCUGCUCCUCGUGCUCCCAGAACAGCUCCUCCGAUGGUGGCCCAUCCAACGGCUGCAACCACGAAAGAACCCCACUAAAGCUCCUGUGUGACAACAUGAAAUACCAGAUCCUCUCCCGGGCUUUCUAUGGCUGGCUGGCGUACUGUCGACAUCUCUCCACUGUGCGAACCCACCUGUCUGCAUUGGUUAACCACAACAUUGUGUCUCCUGACCUACCAUGUAAUGCCAGCUGUGGCCUGACUGCAGAGAUAUGGCAAAAGUACCUGCAGGAUAGCACGAGUUACGAGGAGCAGGAGUUGUUACGGCUCAUCUACUACGGUGGGAUCCAGCCUGAGAUCAGGAAAGCCGUCUGGCCAUUCCUCUUGGGCCACUAUCACUUUGGGAUGAUGGAAGCUGAGAGGAGAGAGGUUGACUAUCAGAUCCGGGCCUGCUACGAACAGAUCAUGGCGGAAUGGCUGGGCUGCGAGGCCAUCGUUCGGCAAAGGGAGAAGGAAUCCCAUGCUGUGGCUCUGGCCAAGUGCUCUUCUGGGGCGAGCUUAGACACCCACAUUCAGAGGAUGAUGCACAGAGAUUCGACUGUCAGCAACGAGUCUUCCCAAAGCUGUAGCUCUGGCAGACAAAGCCAUGCCCGGCUGCAGAGUGACUCCAGCUCCAGCACACAGGUGUUUGAAUCAGUUGAGGAUGUGGAACAGACCGAGGCAGAUGCUCAACUUGAAGAUGGCAAACAAGCCAAAAUCCUAAAUGGGAUGAUUGCCAAUGGCACGUGUUCCCCUGAGUCUGGUCAUCCCUCUUCCCAGAAUUUCUACAGCACGUCAACGCAGAGCUUCAGCACUGACGAUAACGCCACGGAAUCCAGCAAAACCAGGGCCUACUACCGAGUGAAAGCCAGUGGGGCAGAGGCCCCAAAACCACAGAGCUCAACCAACACACUAUCAGAGGAUAAGCUGGUGGGGGAGGAUCUGGACAGCCUGGAAGGUGAAUGUCCCAUCAAUGGAAGCUUAGAAGUCUUUAUUCCAGUUGGCGGGAGCACAGCAGGGGUUUUGCCUGACAACGAAGUGGUGGGCCUUUCCGUGGUGGAUGAGAGCUGGGCUGAUAGCGAAGCUGAAAAGCGCAGCUUGGUGGGGAGUGAGGACAAUCUGUCGGAGGAACCAGAGAUGGAGAGCUUGUAUCCACAGCUAGAUUCACUAGCUGUGGCUGACUUGGCUAACAAUGAAGUUUCUCCCGUCUCCUCAACUGGGGUCACCUAUUCUCCAGAGCUCCUGGACAUGUACACCGUGAACCUGCAUCGCAUUGAGAAAGAUGUGCAGAGAUGUGAUCGGAAUUACUGGUACUUCACUCCUGCCAACCUUGAGAAGCUCCGCAAUGUCAUGUGCAGCUAUAUCUGGCAGCACAUUGAGAUCGGCUAUGUGCAGGGAAUGUGCGACCUACUGGCGCCUCUCCUGGUUAUCCUGGACGAUGAGGCGCUCGCGUUCAGCUGUUUCACCGAACUCAUGAAAAGGAUGAACCAGAAUUUCCCACACGGGGGAGCCAUGGACACUCACUUUGCUAACAUGAGGUCGCUGAUCCAGAUCUUGGACUCUGAGCUCUUUGAGCUAAUGCACCAGAAUGGGGACUACACCCAUUUCUACUUCUGCUAUCGAUGGUUUCUCCUGGACUUCAAGCGAGAGCUGGUGUAUGAUGAUGUUUUCUCCGUCUGGGAGACAAUCUGGGCAGCUGCACGCGUCUCCUCUUCGCACUAUGUCCUCUUCAUAGCCUUGGCCUUGGUGGAAAUGUACCGGGACAUCAUUUUGGAAAAUAACAUGGAUUUUACAGAUAUCAUCAAGUUUUUCAAUGAAAUGGCCGAGCGGCACAACACCAAACAGCUCCUGAAGCUGGCCCGGGAUCUCGUGUACAAAGUACAGACGCUGAUUGAGAAUAAAUGAAGGGCCUGGGAAGUGUUUGGCGAGACGUCGCAGACUCCCAUCCAACACUUCCUGCCCCAGCUCCUUUUUCUUGAAGUGCCGCACUGGUGACAAAGAAACCUUGGUAGUUUGACACGUGCUGCUCUCUAACGUGAAAGUACCCUGAUCUCUGCUCUCGUGCUGUUGAGCUUAGACAGUAGGAGAAGGGUUGCCUGGUUUAGUUCUUCAGCCCAACAUUCAUUUUCAGUGAUUGACCAAAGAUCUGUAAAUCUGCAUCUUCUUUUCUGUUUCAAACAUUUCUACUUUGGAAGCAAACCCUGGGCAGACAUUGCCUUGCCCUGGUGGUACGAUUGCGGUUCUUUAGCAAGAGCACAUUCCAGACACAGCUUCCCGAAGGGGCUGGGCUACAGGCAAGCUGUGCUGCUGCUAUCCCUUGGGUCUACCUUUGAAUUUGCAGCGUAUACUUCAGGGGAACAAAACGCUUCCUAAGAAGCAGCUUCCCCAUGCAACAGGAAAGCCAGGCAGCACCCCUCUCGAGCUCGCAAAAGCUAGGGUGUUCUCAGCAUUCGGCUCUGUGGGAGGAGCAUGAGGCUGUGCCUGCAGCAGAGACUCUGAUCAGGGAAGUUCCUCCUACGAUAUACCCUCUUCUUUGCUUGGGGCUCUGUUUUCCUCCCGUCUCUAGGCUUCGCACUUUGCUCCUCGCCCCAGGAUCAGAGCGUGCGGAGUUCCAACUCCGGCUCAGUUUCCAAAAGAGCUCGGGAUGCCGUGUAUUUCGGUGCCAACCUAGGAGCUGAGCUCUACUGGGAAGUCUGGUUCCAAUUGCAGGUCCUGAGCACUUGAAAAAUCCAGCCCUGAGCUCUUUUGAAAAUUCAGAGUGUAGUGCCCAGAGGAGUCUCUUGUGUUUAUGGAGCUUGAUCCUUAGCCCAUUGAAGUCAAUGGAAAGACUCCAGUCGGACAUCAGUGGGCUUUGGGUCAGGCCCAUGUGGAGGAAAAUAGACCAAGCUUAGCAUUCUCUGCUCUUGGUACCCAGAGGCAUGCACUUCCAAGGCAGCUUCCCUGCAGUGGCACUAGCAUUGUGCCCCACUGGCGCUGUGGCGUGCAGUAUCUUGGCCUGCACAGAGCAGCAGGAAAGCUGAGCUACAGGGUAAUUGGUGAGGUUAGUGCAGCCAAGAGUUUGGGUUUAUUUUUCAACUCAGGUUAAAAAAAAGUAGAAGAGGAAAAGGAGAGAAGUGGGUUGUGUUAGUGGGUUAGUUCCCACCUGCCCAGGAAGGUCAUUGUCAUGGCUAAACCAGUCCGUCGUUGCUCCUGGCAGCUGGGAAAGUGCUUUGCUGUAGCUCUUUCAAGGGUACUUUCUCUCAAAUUGUGCUGCAAAAUCUGUUUGCCAGCCAUGAAAUGUGUGAUAAAUGUGUUCUCUUCCUCCACUCAGCUCUCCCAGCAGAGCUAAGCCAGAGCCCUCUGCGCUGAGGGAGGGGUGUUCACCAGAAGGGGAAAGGGACCCCUCUGUUCCUCCUCCUGCAGAACACUCGUUUGUACCAAUGUAUUUUGUAUUUGUGUGUGGUGUGUCUCAGACGUUGCUUGCAGAAGAACAUAGUGCAUGCUCCAGAAAUCACUUGCAGAGUAUGGUGAGCCAGUCUGCAGUAUGUGAACAAAUCAGCUCAUCCCUGGGUACUAUUGAGAUGCAGAAUCUGUAACUGCAAACCAGGGAAGGGCAGGGCCUGCUGAACCCUUUUGCUGGAGAAGCAUACAGUGCUAGGUGAAAGCAGAGGAAAUCUGACUUCUCUAAUUUUGAUUAUUUUGCAGGCUAUUUGUACUUUAUCCAUACAAGGUGGGAAACCCUUUGAGACAAUUUUCUGCCAGGUUAGAGCCAAUCUGCUGUAUUAAACUCCAAAAAGCUUAAUUUACUGGAGAAAACAGUCCACACUAGCAUCUGAAAUAGUCUGCAUGGAAACUGAAGAAGUUGGGCUUUAAACCUUCAGGUUCAACUAUGAAUCUGUCAUCUUUUCCUAAAGCAGAGAGUAAAUCUCACACCUACACUGGUGACCUGUUCCUGAUUCUAGAGCUUGUAGCUUUUCAGAUGUUAGAAUGGAUAAAUCAUCUGAGUAAUCUUGUUCUAAAGUGGAAGAGAUCAAAAUAACACCUUCACAUAGCAAAAUUAAGGAAUAAUAACCAUUAGAUAGUCAUAUUUUUAUCAAGCAACAACUCUGACGCUAGCUUUCAGGCUUUUUUUUAAAAUGGAUAGCUGAGAAUCCUGCACAAUAUCUGCUAUCUGUAUUAUCUGAGUGUGUCUUCGGGCCCAUCAAUAGCAGUGUUUUUGAAUAAUUUCUAACAAAAGUAUUUAUUUAUUCUAUUGACUGUACAUUACUGUGUGUCCUUGUAUACUGAAUUCAGUGAGUGUGAAUCUUUAUGCAAAUGGAGACACCUUUUCAAUGUUGCAAACAUAUCUUGUAAAUGUUUACCAGAAAAUUGUGUCUAUAUAUACAGUAUAGAGAAAAAAUGUGAUUUAAGUGGGGUAUUAUUUUUUUGAGGGAAAAAAAAAUCUCUGCUUCUAAGAACUGCGUGGUUCUCUGUAGCACCUACUCAAUGAUGUGCCAAUCUGUCACUUCCCUUGUACUGUGAAAAUUGUUCUGUUACAGCAACGAAAAGCUCAAUGCAGGUUAAGAAACCGUUUUACCUCAGCUCUGCUUGGUUUAGCACGGAUUAAAAAUUGUGGAACAGAAGCAGAUGCAACAACUUUAUCCCUGAUCCCUCAAUGGAAUCGCCACAUGUGGCCCCUUUCACCCCACUCAUUUCUGUGGGGCUCUGCACAGGCACUAGGUUCAGCCUGGGUAGACGUGAUUGCAGGAUCAGGGGCCUAAUGUGUUUUAUUGCAGCAAAUUAGAUUCCUCCCAAAAUUUAAUAUAUUAGGCUGCAGUUAAAGCAACACUGCAUCCAUUUUGCUCCAAGAGUAUGAACGUUAAACCAAUCCCAGGGUACUCUCCAGAAAAAUAAUGAAAAGUGUCCAAAGAGAAAGCAUGAGGGAUACAUUCUACUCACUCUGAAUGUAAAUCCAGAGUAACUACAUUGCAGUCAAUGCACCAAAUGUAACAUUCAAAUGGGAGCUGCCAGCGUACUUUAAAGUCAGUGGAACAAAUUCUGCUCUCAGAUAUUCCAGUGGGAGUUGUGCAUGCAAAUCUCAGAGCAGAAAUUGGUCAGGGGGAUGUCUUAUCUUGAGUGUUUUGCUCUUUGAAUGCAUUUCUUGUUCAGAUAUCUUGCCAGGUUGUUAAUUCACAUGCACAGCUGCAGGCAGGUUGGCUGAUUGGUGGGGUUUAUAAAUAGUGCAUAUCAGAAAGUCAAGAUAUACUGUAAUCAUGGCAAAUUUCCAUAGCUUUUGGCCAUGUGUGGUCCCAACUCAGCUCAGCGUGUGUCCAUAGACUGUGUACUUGGAGUCACAAAGGCCAUGAAAAACUGUGGGAUAGUUUGGAUUUCACAGAGACAUUAGAGCCCCUGGAAACUGAGAUUGUUCCAACAGAACAUUCAGAGAGCAGUAAGGGGGGAAGGAGGCAUUUGCUUGUCUGUCUGAAAUAAAAAAUUGUGAGCAAAUGGAUUCCAAAACCAAAAUGUGAAUUAGAAUAACGUGACUGUAUGAUGUCCCCACCCAUCCAUCAGUGGUUUAAAUACUUUAGAACGGUGACUUUUAUGAUCACUAAUCUUACAAACAGCCAGUUAUACCACCCAUUUUUCCUGAUGGGGGGGAGGGAAUCACAUAAUGAAAGUGGCAUCGCUGAAAAACGAGUAGACAUCACUUCACAUUUUAAUGGCUCAGUGCAUUGAAAAUCACUUUGGAGGAGAAGAAUGUGAUGCAGAGUAUCAUACUGCACUGUACCUCUGUCAAUUUGAGAUGUUCCAUUUUCUGAACUCCUCAGUCCCUAAUUAGUUGUUAAAUAGGGGUUCUAUUGUAAUGAAUGGGAACUGACCUCACAUGACUUCCAACUAAUGCACACAGGGCCUGGCGUGUCCAGGGGCGUUAAAUUGGCAUAUCCACACUGCAAUCCAAGUGGUGACUGCAGUAUGUGAAGAUGUAUCCGAUUGAUAUAGCUUUAAUCUUGCUAGCUCGGGUGCCAGAAGCAGUAAAGCCGUGCAGGAUGGGCUAGCUGCCUGAGUGCAUACUUGUGCUUGGGCAGCUAGCCUGUGCUACUGCAGUUUUGGUGCUGUUCACACACAAGCUAGCUAGCUCGAUUCAAGCUUGCUCAGCUAUGACUGCAUGUGCUGCAAUGACCUCUCCAAUUGCAGUGUAGACCUACCCUUAGAAUCCACUUGUAUGCACGCAAUUUUUGUGUCAAUGUAUAUAUCCACUAGCAUGCUCUGUGUGCAUGAGUGACAGUGCAUAAACUGUGUGUGCAGGUAAGUGGAGGCCACCUUUUAAAUCAGACUUGUAUUGUAAUUUGUGUUGUAAUCCAUGCAUAAUACGUCAAUUCCGAUAGAAAUUGAUUAGCGCUCCACAAA